UUAAGUGAUAUUAACACUGGAAAUGUGCACAAGCAACACAACAAAGAUUCAUUUCCGAACCCAUACUCUAAUGGAAGAGAUUUUAUAUCGAAUCAAGAAAACAAAAUCAAUUAUAUUUCUCCAAAUCAACAUGGAAGAAUGUUUAUGCAUCAAAGAGACAAGCUUCCAUUUCAACAUGAUGAACAUGAUCGACAAGUUUUCAAGGAUCAACACCGAAAUUAUUUAGCACCACGAAAUCCACCGCAACUUAAAAUUUUGCAGGAAUUUCCUGUUUCAUCAUCAAACGGGACUCUUGACGAUUUAAAAUAUUCAUCACAGUUAGAAGGGAGCCACGAUUCAUCCAAAUAUAAUAAAACCUUUCAUACCGAAAGGUAUGAUUACAAACAGAAUGGAGAUUCACAAGAAUUGGAAAAUAUCAUUUCAGAAAAGAAUUUGCAAGAUUCUAAAGCAGAAUCGCAACCAAAGAAUAUGCAUUCGUUUCGAAUUCCUGAAGCAACCGAAUCUCAUUAUAAUGACGAAGAAUUACAGAAUAUGAAAGAUUUACAUAAAGAACUGCAGCGACAAUAUCGAUCUGGAUUUGUGCAGGAUAAGCCAGGAGCAGAAAAGGUACGCGAAACUGCAUCGCAACUGAUCCUCCAGUGGGCGGAAAAUCAGCGCAGUUUAUUAGAUUCCUUCGUGAAGGCGAUCACCGAUGUAUUGAAAGGUCAUGAUCCUAAUACCAAUAGAAAUAUGACCCCUCGAGAUAUAAUACUUUUAAAAGAUAUGCUUAAUCAAUUACUUGAAUUAGUAAUGCAAUUGAGGGAAGAUAGCUCCAGCAUACGUACUAAGAGCGUAUUAAACAAGUGGAUAGAGACACAAAAAUCACUAAUUGAUUCAUUUUCGCAGGCUAUUGAAAAUACAAAUCAAAAUUUGGACAACAUUGCCAAUGUAAAUGAGGUCAUGGAGAAUUUGAAUAAAAACCUGAAGGAACUGGUGAUUUUGUUAAGCGAUAAGGAAAGUUUCACAGCAACAGAAAGUAGUAGUUCCCAACAAACAACUAGUUCUUAUUCAGCCACUAAUUUCUACCAAACAUCCAGCACUUUUGGCUCAACUCAUCUUAUUGUAGGCGAAAAUAUCAAUCGAAUUAAUAUAAUGGGAAAUUUGAUUAAGGGACUAAGAAACAUUAUUAAUCAAAUGAAUGAAACAAAUAAAACUUCAAGUUCUACUUCUUAUACCAAAACGGAAAGCACCUUUACUCAUCCGAGUACAUCCACUUAUGUGAACGCGGAGGUCACUACUUCCCAUCCAACUACAAGCACCUAUGAAGUUACAAAUCUAAUAACCGAGGAAAGUAAAUUUAAGGACAUGUUUAAUUUGAUUAAAGGUAUAGAAGAGCUGAUCAGUCAAUAUAACGGCAAACAUAAAUUUACAACGACGACCACUCAUUCCUCAGAUGGUGGUAUUACCUCCCAAUUCUUUACCACCACUACACCGAAAACAGUGACUACUAAUUCCCAAUCAUCUACUUCUAGUCAUUCAACAACAGAGAGUUCGCCUAGUAAUCCAACAACAAACAACUAUGAAGUCACUAUUGUUGAUCAGGAUAACCAUAAAUUUAAGGUUAUGGAAAAUUUGAUCAAAGAUCUUAAAGGAUUGAUCAAUCAAUUCAGUGAUAAAAAAAAUAUUACGAGUGCCACCCAUUUAACAGGAGACAGCAAAAGUUUCCAGUCAACAGCUACGACUGCAUCAACAGAAGGAUCUUCUUCCCAUCCAGUUUCAUCCACCAAGGCGACAACAUCGACGACGACCUUUCAAUCAACUAUUUCUAACCAUUUGUCAACAGAGGGAACGAGUUCUCAGCUUAAUACUAGUCUUUCAACAACAGGAACCACUCAUUCCUUUCAAACUACAAACACGCAUGAUUUUAAAGACCAGAUUAAUGGCGAUGAUUCUAAAAGUCUGAAACAUUUAAUUAAGAUACUUUCAGACCUGGUCUAUUCAUUAAAUGAUAAAAAUAAUAUAAAAAGUACCAGCCAUUUAACAACAGAGAGCACAUUUAAUAGUUCAAUUAAUACAACCAACUCAACUACUUAUGCCUCAACAACUUUUUCAACAACAGAGAGUAUGGCCAUCCAUUCUACUCCUUACCUUUCAACAACAGAAAGCUCGGUUUCCCAAUUUACCAACGAGAAAAAUAUAAAUAGUAGUUCACAAAGCACGGGAGAGAACACAAAUCCAAUUAUAUUCAACAAUUCAACAACUAUGAGCUCUAAUAUCCAUUCUACUACAUAUAACAGGUCAAUAACAGAAAACACAGCAUCCCAUCUCAACCUUUCAACAACAGAGGGUUCCCCAACCAUAUCUCACUCAAUUACCCCUAGCCAAACAAGUUCGCUUAGUUCAUAUAAAGACAAAAUCAAAAACAUUGUUGAACUUUUAAGAAAAUUACGUAAGAUUCAGAAAUCUUUAGCCGACAAGUCGAAGGGUCAACUUUCACCAACGCUCAUAUCGAGAGUAAAAGCCGUACUAAAGCAAAUCGUCGCGGGCAAUAUUGAUUCAGUAAACGGCGAUUCAGCUGAGUUGGAAAUUCUUCUUUCCACAACAGUCAAUCCCAAUGAAGAUACUACCGACUUGACGAUGGAAAAAUUGUUAAAGCUACUUGAUGAUUUUGAAAUGAUGUAUAACGUAUUGUUGGAUGGUAGUACUACGCAAUCCACAACACAGAACAACACAAUUUUUUCAACGACAUACAGUACAAUUUUUUCUACCACCCAAAGCAUAUCAACAACUUCACCAACACAGAAUGCCUUAACAAGUUCCACACCAAAUACUUCAACAACAGAAUACUCUUCCACUAAUAAUCUAAGGAGUGAUGUAUCAAAUAAUCUCCAGCCAAUUGUAGACGCAAUUCAGCAAUUGAAGAUGGCAUUAUAUCAUGACUUCUAUGCUUUUAAAAAAUCUCAAGAGGAAAGAAUGGAAAAAAUUCUUCAACUGCUUAGUGGCAAACCAAUAGAUCGGCGGACAAAACCAAUUGCUAAGCCGAGAACUUUACCAAAGGAAGGAAGCCGGGAAAUACCAAAAAGAAACGGCUAUAUAAAAGAGGAGAAAAUUAGACACCACAACGAAGACAAAUUUAUUAAAAACCGAAAAAAUGUAAAUCAAUAUAGUCACAUCCCUAAAUCGAUUUUAAAUUCUUCAAGAUCAAAAAUAAAAAAGUUCCCAUUAAAACUAUCUGCUAUUAAAGUAAGUGGAGGACUAAAACAGUUGCCUUCCAAACGUAAAACUAAUGAAGAAAUUUCUGCAAUGCAUGAGAGUUUCCCGGAACCUUUACCAAUACUGCCACAUAAGUAA